AUGAAUCAUGUUAUAGAGGCUGAAAUCAUGACUGGACAUUGCAAAGGUACACGGGUAUUCAUUCCACGCAUUCCUUUAAAAACAGCUGAAGAUGCAAAGUUACCAUUUGAAAUGAUUCGAAAACAAUUUCCAGUGAAAUUGUGCUUUGCCUUGACCAUUAACAAAUCUCAAGGUCAAACCAUUCCUCAUGUUGGUAUUUAUCUUCCCAAACAUGUUUUUAGUCAUGGCCAGUUGUAUGUUGCAUUAUCAAGAGGGACUUCCCAACGAAUGACCAAGAUCUUGGUUACUAAUGGCAGCAUUCAAGGAAAAGAUGGUGUGUUCACUAAAAACGUUGUUUAUAAAGAAGUUCUCCUGCCUCAUUUUACUUAG